AAAGAAAAAGAACAUGAAUCAACAAAAAACCAUUCUAGCAUCUGUCUUCAUGUUUCUGUUAUUCAGGUUCUACACUUGUACAGACACCAUUACACUCACUCGACCCCUUAAAGAUGGUGAUAUUUUGGUCUCAAGUGGAGAAAAUUUUGCACUUGGAUUCUUUAGCACCACAAAUUCCAGCAACCGUUAUUUGGGUAUCUGGUAUCACAAGGUUUCCGAGCAAACUGUAGUUUGGGUUGCUAACAGAGAUAAUCCGAUCACUAACUCAUCCGCUAUACUGUCCGUUCACCCAUCCGGAAACCUUAUUUUGCAUGAAAGAGAUGAUCAAAGGUUUGUUUUCUGGUCAUCCAACGUCUCCGGAGUGGCGAAUGACGGUUUUUCGGCUCAGUUGUUGGAUUCAGGGAACUUAGUGUUGUUUCAAGGCGAAAAUAGGCAGGUUUAUUCAUGGCAAAGCUUUGAUUAUCCUUCGAAUACCCUUCUUCCUGGGAUGAAGUUCGGAAUGGAUCGGAAAACAGGUUUGAAAAGGAUGAUUACGGCUUGGAAAUCUAGUGCGAACCCCGCCAUCGGAGAGUAUUCAUAUGCAAUGGAAUUCCUUGGGUCAACUCAGUUGUUCCUGUACAAAGAUAUGACGAAAAUUUGGCGAACCGGUUCAUGGACCGGCCACGGGUGGAGUGGUGUACCAGAGAUGACACCCAAUUUCAUCUUUAAUGUUACUUACGUAGACAAUAACGAUGAGGUUGCAGUAGUUUAUCUUAUACGUAACUCAUCAAUUUUCUCCAGAUUAGUCGUUAAUGAGUCUGGGAUCGUAGAAAGGCUAACAUGGCACAAGGACAAUCGUAGGUGGAUCGGGUUCUGGUCUGCUCCAAAAGAGCCGUGUGAUGGCUAUAGCCAUUGCGGUCCUUUUGGCAUUUGUGAUCCAUACAAAUCAGGUACUUUCGAAUGUGACUGCCUUCCCGGAUAUGAGCCUCAAGCGCCACAAGACUGGUACUUAAGGGACGGAUCCAAAGGCUGCAAGAGAAAGGCCGGGACUGAAAUGUGCAAGAACCAAGACGGGUUCGUGGAGCUGGCACGUGCGAAGGUACCCGACACAUCUACGGCACGUGUGAACAUGAGUCUGGGAUUAGAAGCGUGCGAGGAGUUUUGCAUAAAAAAUUGCACGUGCGAGGGGUAUGCAGUUGCUGAUAUUAGAGAAGGCGGGAGAGGGUGUAUAACUUGGUACGGGGACAUGAUUGAUACACGGACGUUUUCAGAUGGGGGCCAGUCUUUAUAUAUUCGGGUGGAUGGAAAGGAAUUAGCCAAGUACUCAUCAAAGAAGCCAAAGAGUUCUGGAAAAAAUCUAUUUCUGGUCAUCGGGAUGCCGGUGAUUGCAGCGGGGAUUUUCCUUUCGACCUGCAUUUGUUGUUACAUAAAGAAGAAGAAGAACAAGAAGAAAGAACAUGGAGUUGGGUUCAGUUUCACAGUUGAUAGCUUAAAAUCCCAGGAUGGAUCAUUCAUGGCGAAGGAUAUGGGCGAAAAUGUUGAUUUGCACGUGUUUGAUCUGACGACAAUAGUUGCAGCAACUCAUAAUUUCUCUCCUUCAAGCAAGCUUGGAGAAGGUGGAUUUGGCUCAGUUUACAAGGGAAAGUUAGCAAAUGGACAAGAAAUAGCCGUGAAACGAUUAUCACAAAGUUCAGGUCAAGGGAUGCAAGAAUUCAAGAAUGAAGUCACAUUGAUAGCCAAACUUCAACACAGGAAUCUCGUAAGGCUUUUCGGAUAUUGUUUUCAUAGAGAAGAACAGAUGUUAAUCUACGAAUACUUACCAAACAAAGGCUUGGAUUCUUUCAUUUUCGAUCAAGAAAAAGGGCCUCUUUUAGAUUGGAAAAAACGGUUUCAGAUAAUUCAUGGAAUCGUUCGUGGAUUGUUGUAUCUUCAUCAGGAUUCCAGGCUCAAGAUCAUCCACAGGGAUCUGAAAGCAAGCAAUGUUUUGCUAGAUGCAGAUUUAAACCCUAAGAUUGCAGAUUUUGGAAUGGCAAAAAUAUUUGGAGGGGAUCAAGACGAAGCUAAAACUCGUAGAGUUGUUGGAACAUAUGGCUAUAUGUCUCCGGAGUAUGCAAUGGAAGGCCUUUUUUCAGUGAAAUCCGAUGUGUUUAGCUUUGGAAUUCUACUUCUGGAGAUCAUCAGUGGCAGGAAAAACAAUAGUUACUAUCUCGAGAAUGCGGUUAACUUGAUCGGGCAUGCUUGGGACUUAUGGAAACAAGAUAAAGCAUUGACAUUAGUCGAUUCAUCGUUGGGAGAUUCAUUUGAUGAUCAUGAAAUUCUAUUAUGUAUCCAUGUCGGGAUUCUGUGCGUCCAAGAAUCUGCUGCUGAUCGGCCAACAAUGACAGACGUAGCAUUUAUGUUGAGUAAUCGCGAAACAAAGCUUCCCUCUCCUAAUCAACCCGCUUUUAUAUUCAGGCAAUUGAAUUACGGCACAGACUCAGCAUCUGCAUCGGCUAGUGGGGGAGUUAGGUCCGUCUAUGAUGAGAGUAUCACCAUCGUUCGAGCUCGAUAAUUUCAGAAUCCCUUGAAAUCGACCACUUUGUUCGUAAGUUGCACACAGACCAAUUCGAUGAUCAAGGCUUGAACGUCGUGAAUCAAGUUGUGCAUUUUGUAAGAAGUUUCAGUAGAUACUUUACCACAAUAUAUGUAUGUAAUGAGUUUGCAACUUAUUUUGAUACAUGCUUUGUUUAGUAAAUGCAAUAAAGUUCCCGU